CUUCUUUCUUCCCCAGAAAAAAGGGAAGCGCCACGUGGGUGUGCUGCUGCACGGCUCAGCCGCUUGGAGAACAAGGCGGCUCCCCAAAAAGGUCAUUACCGACAGCCACACCACGGCGACGUGCGUGUUGACGAUGUCAAGAGCUGGAGAUCAUUCUCGCCCGCCAUCAGCUGCUGCUGCACGGUCUCGGAACUCAUUCUUUAGCCAUGCAUGGCCAUCGACAACCUCCCGCUCGGAUCAGCCUCCACCAAUCUGGAGCUCGACACUGGAUGCCUCAGCCCUGGAUAGUCUGUGUGCAAGUCGCGCAACGCCUUUCGGUACGAGCCAGCUGUUCAGGUGCUAUACCACUUUUGCAACGCAGAGAUGCCCGCUCCAAGCAGAUAGGUCUUGGCAUCUGUGUUGCGGCGCCGAAUCUUCCGGGGCAUGCUUCGAGAUGGGCUCCCCCUCUUCGCUUAGUGAGGCCAAUGAUGCUUGCAGAUCGUGGCGGCUUGUCCGGAAACAUCUGGCGCGAGGCCGUGGGUGUGUGUGUGUGUGGUGUGAUCUAUCCACGAAAGCCACCGUAUCUGGGCGAUACAUCUUGAUUCCGUGGUUCCGAGAUAUAUCCCCGAUGUAUACUGCGCCUCCUCGCUCCUGCAAUGGAAAGCGAGACUGCAUGGUCAGCCGUCGGUGCGGGCAGCUGCUCCUGUUGGUGAAGGCGAACUACUCCAUUCGGGUCCGCCCAUUAGGACAUACGUAGCGGUGCUCACGUGGACAGGACGCAGGGCUGUGCGUCAAGAACCGGCUGAGGAGUUGUAGCCCCGAGCGGAUGAGGCACUCGUAAAUUGCCCAGAGAUAUCCUAGGAUGCUUGUGCAGUAAAACUUGUCAUAGCGGACAACACCGAACCUUCCGAGCA